AUGUAUUUCCUGUUAGGGGUGACGUCACAGCUACCAGGAAGCGAUGUGUAAACAGGACGAAAUGACUUUACGCUACUUUGUAGUAACUUCGGCCACAUUAUUGACACUUUGAUAUAAUCUAUAUUUUUAUAACGGAGCCUCGAGACUCGUGUAGCAGCUUCACGUGACCAUGUGUUGAAGUGAAGGACAACUUUCAGACAGACACCAGCAUGAUCAAACACACGCUCCAUGCCUGCAGACGUGCCCUCUCUCCCGGGCUGCGCUGCUUCUCUCAGACUUCCGGCGGCGAAAUAAUUGAGGAUUUAUUUGAGCGGACAGGCUCUGCACAUCUCACGAAGCAGGCGUCUCUCUACGUGCACUGGCCCUACUGUCUCAGACGGUGCUCCUACUGCAACUUUAACAAGUAUAUACCCAGAGAGGACAAUGACCACAUGAUGACUGAGUGCCUUCAGAAGGAGACUGAAACACUGCUGCAGCUCAGUCAGGUGUCCUGCAUUACCUCAGUGUUUUUUGGUGGUGGGACUCCAAGCCUGGCUCCACCCUCAACCAUUGCUGCAGUCCUGGAGACUGUUUCCAGGCUGGCGCAUCUCUCGGAUAAGGCUGAGGUCACGCUUGAGGUCAACCCUACUCCUGUAGGAAAGUCAAAGUUAGAGGACUAUAUGCAUGCAGGGGUGAACCGAUUCUCCAUCGGCGUCCAGUCUUUGCAGGAUGAAGAUUUGAAAGUUUUGGGAAGAGACCACAGCUCCCAUCAGGCUUUGCAAACUGUAGAAGAGGCCAGGAGGCUGUGCCCCGGGAGGGUGUCGGUGGAUGUCAUGUUUGGGCGACCAAAACAGAGCGUUAAAUCCUGGGAGAAUGAGCUGUGCGAGUUGUUGAGAGUGUCCGAUGACCACGUGUCUCUGUACCAGCUGACCUUGGAGAGAGGCACCCAGCUGUUUAAACAGGUGCAAGCAGGAAAGGUGACAAUGCCCGCUGAAGAGGUGACAGCAGAGAUGUAUCAGUGCGCCAGGAGGAUUCUCCACCAGCAUGGCUUCUUGCAGUAUGAGGUGUCUAACUUUGCAAGAAAUAACGCAGUGAGUCAUCACAAUACGAGUUACUGGAAGGGAAGACAGUACAUCGGCGUCGGCCCAGGAGCACACGGACGGUUUGUUCCUGUGGGGGAGGGAGGUGUCAUCCGGGAGGCGCGGACCCAGACUCUGGAGCCUGACGUCUGGAUUCGUGAAGUCCAGCAGAGGGGACAUGGGACACGGAGGCGGAUUCGCCUCAGCCAUCUUGAACUAUUGGAGGAGGUGUUGGUGAUGGGAAUGAGAAUGACCCAGGGCAUUCAUCACAAGCACUGGGAGUUGUUUAGCCCUCAGCUGGGCCUCCAUGAUGUCUUUGGAACAUCCAUCGAUGUCCAAGAGUUGCUACAGAGCGGACAACUCAUUCUUGAUGACAGAGGCCUGCGAUGCUCCUGGGAUGGACUGGCCUUACUGGACAGCAUGCUGCCAGCUCUGCUGGUGGAGCUGGAAAGACAAAUCAGUCAGAGGCUACACAGGGACCACCACUGUGCUGAUGGACAAACAAAGAGGACUUCCAACCCACGAUGACAGUAAUGUUGAUAGAGCGGAUAACUAAUUUACUGUUGUGGAUGGGGAUAGCAGCAAAACAUAUUUAAGCCACAUAAAUAAGGCUCACCUACUGUGAUGAGCACAUAGAUGUGCAACUGAAGCCAUUAACAGCUUUCCUGUCAAGACCUGUCUGAUUCGGAUAAUGCAGUGAAAAUAUUCUGAAUAUAGCAUACACAUAAACUUUUAUUGAUUCUUUGAGGUGGGCCUUUUUUAGCGGCUAAAAUAAGUCUUGUUGCCAACCCUGUCCACAGCAGUGCAUUACCUAGCUUCUGUGCUGGUACACCUGCCUGCUUCUCCAAAUCGGGGAUAUGCCAGCCACCAUCUACUGCAUAUAUAAUACACUGACUAUGAAUAAGUACCUCAUAAAACCCCACUUUUAAAGACUGGAACUAUACCUUAAAGCUCUCUUAAGGCUCUGGAGCUGCAUGUGGCUCUUUAGCCCCUCUCCAAUGGCUCCCUGUGGCUUUGACAAAAAAAAAUAUAUGGAAAUGAAUAACAGUUAUAUAUUUAACUUUUUAAUUUGUGUGUGUCAGUGCUUCAAGCCUACAAAAAUUCUUAUAUUCCUCAACUGUAAAAAUGUGAAGCCUCUAUACCAAAUAAAAUUGUUUUAACAUUUCAGCAGCUAAAAUGUGCGUACACAUUUUCCUUGAAAUUUUGCUGAACCUCAAUAGCAGUGGCUAGCCUUGAGUCUCUCAAAUCCAAAACAGUAAAAGUCUCUGAAUACAAUAGAGAAUUUAGUACUGCCUGGAAAGAUUUGUUUGCUUUCACUGCCAGCUCUGCAGACUUAAAGUACCAAACAAUCAUAAAUAGUGCCCUGCAGAGUGGCCACCUUAUGGUAAACAUGAAUGAAUGCUCAUUUAGACUAUAAGUAUAGGCUGCUUUAUACUUGAUAUGCUGUUCUACCUUCAUUAAAAGCCUUUAAUAUGUUUUGUGGCUCCACACAGAUUUUUUUAAAUGAUUAUUUUUGGUAAAAAAAUGGCUCUUUUGAUAGUAAAGGUUGCUGACCUCUGUCUUAAAGGCUUUGCCAUUUUUCACAUUGUAUUGAGUUUUUCCUCCUCUGUGUUACGCUGCUGUAUAGAUGACAUGUACAGAGAAAUAAAACAG